UGUUGUUUUAAAUUUUUUUUCACCAAAAUGUCAGAUUAUUUCAGUUGACUUGCUUUUCUCAAGUAGGAGUGUGUGUGUGUGUGUGUGUGUGUGUGUGUGUGUGUGUGCGUGUGUUGCUCAUCAUCAUCAUGAAUCUCAGCUUACACCAGAAAGGUGUAACAUGGGGCGUGACAUUCCAUAUUUACAGCCAGAGAGACCUAGGUGAUUCUCCACCAUAGUUUCUGGUUUAUUGUUUAUCUCUAGACUAGGGGUUGAAUUAACUCUAGACUAGGGCUUGACAGAUUUUUUCCUUGUGAUCACUACAUUAUCCUGAUAUCUGAAUAUUUGACUAUGUGACUGCAUGUGUUUUGGACUGCUGAUAUUCAGAAUAAAAUACUUAAAAGUACCAUGAAAACAUCAACACAGAUUUGUUUAAAGAGAAGGGAGAUUAUUUUUACCACUCAAGAGAUUCUUCUUAGCAUAAAAAAGUAAAUGAAAUGUAAUGGUAUGUCAGAAGGCAGAGGUCAGUGUGCUGCAGGGAAGGAGAGGAGUUCAUUUGACUAGACGACGUACCACAAUAUCCAGUAUCCUCCUGAUGAUGUAAUCAUUUAAACCCCACCCCUUUUCAGCAUCAUGUCGCUCUGUGACACAUUACUGGCUGCUCCAAUGUUCACAAAACACCGAGCACAUCACCGUUAACUGUACACAAGGUAAAUAAACAAGGUAAUGUUUAAUAAAAUGGGGUCUGGGAUCCUGACACAAAACAGGAGGUUGUUUCUCUCAUAAAGACCCGAGUGACUGGUCAGAUAUGAAACUUAGGUCAAACAAAGACAAUGUUUAUAUCUUUCAUAAGUAAUAAUGAGAAACCAAUAUCAUUUCUAAACGUAAAAAUAUCUUUAUUUACUUGUUCAUUAAUUUAUUUAUUUACAGACAUGAAUCAUAAAUGGGGUUUUGUUAGACUGUUCUUCUCAGGUCAGUGUUGUGUGCAAUAUAAGUUGUGUGUGUUUGUGUUUAUAGCACAAUCAUUACAGACAGUGUGAUCAUUUAAUUUUAGCUCCUAAGAAAAUGUUUACUUAUAGAUAAAAAGUUGUGAUAUGUGUAAAUUUGUGUGUUUAUUUAUGAUCUAGCUGCAAGUUUAUGGAAUUAGCAUUUUUGUCCUUUUGUGGUACUUUUUUUAACAUUAUAAUGUUUCCCAUAGUAGUUUGUGAUAUAAUGGCAUAUAUUCCUCAUCACUAUCACUUUGUAAAUGAGAAUAAAACCUGGAGUGAAGCUCAGACUUACUGCAGAGUGAAAUACACUGAUCUGGCAACCAUCAACAACAUAAGAGAGAUAAAGAAGCUGAAUCACACACUGAUGAAGGAAAAUGCAAAGAAAGCUUGGAUUGGUCUACAGAGAGAGGGACCUGGGAAAUGGCAGUGGUCUCUGGCAGACCAAACUUUCUACAGAGGCAGAGACACUUACAGAAACUGGAGGAGUGGAGAACCUAAUGGUGGUGUGGCCUAUCAGUUCUGUGCUGAGAUGUAUAAAAAUGAUGGAAAGUGGAAUGAUGUCAACUGUGUGUCAUUAAAACAUUUUGUAUGUUAUGAAGAAAUGAACACAAACCCUAAAUAUGUAGUGAUUAAUGAGACAAAGAGGUGGUAUGAUGCUCAGAUCUACUGUAGAGAGAAAUACACUGACCUGGUCAGUGUGAGGAACCAAACUGAGAAUGAGGAGAUCUGGAGAGUGAUUAAUAGUUCAUUGCUUACGAAAGCUUGGAUCGGUCUGUUUAAUGACUCCUGGAAGUGGUCAGAUCAGAGUAACUCCUCAUUCAGAUACUGGAGCUCUGACAAACCCAGUGGAGGUUUGAACUGUUCUGCAGUGUCUGAGUCUGAGAAACGUUACUGGAGUGAUGUGGACUGCACAGAAAAACUCCCGUUCAUCUGCAUUGAGAUUUCAGAUAAGCUGAUCUUGGUUAAGGAGAAUCUGACCUGGAAAGAAGCUCUGAAAUACUGCAGGAACCAUCAUCAUGACCUGGUCUCAGUGCACACAGAUCUGAACACAUGUGGCUCGGCCUGUGUCACACCUGUGCUCUGGGCUUCUGGUACUGGGUGAAUGGAGAGAUGAUCUGCUACCAGGACUGGGCUCCAGGCAAUGGGACAGGGUUCGAAGACUGCAGCCAUGAGGAGAGAACCGAAGCAGUGCAGUCUGGAGGAGAGCAGAAGUGGAUCAGCCUGCCUCAGAGCG